GUCAGUUCGUCACAACAAGAAAUCACAACACAAUGGGUCGCUUACUGGAGGUUAUCGCAUUCUUGGUGUUUUGCAACCUGGUCUACACAAUGCCUGUAUGGGACAACGGUAUGACACUAUUUUCAUUUGAUAAAUCGAAUCGCUUGCUCGUAAUACGUCUCAAAUGUUACCAUAUUUUUUAUUCUUUCUCAACAUCGGACACUUGCAACAUUUCAAAUCAUAGUGAUAUGCACGAUGCUUAAUGUGUAGAGUGUAGUCAUUGUUUUAAUUUAUAAGACGUCGAGAUAUCUUCCGGGUUGAGUCGUAUUCUCUCGCGCUCCGUAGGAUGAAGAAAAAUACGAACAACAAGCAUCUCGUAUUGUAUGCUAAAUAAUCGAAUGUAGAAUUUUUUUAUUUUAUAAGCCUUGUAAUUUAGUUUCUUUUUCUGAUUCUUUGGCUUCAAUUUUUCGAAAUACAUCCUACGAAAUAAUAUAAACUUUGUGACGAUCGCAUAUCGAGUUCAAUAGUCCUUUCUGCCGAAAAUAUUUUUCAUUUAAAAAUUCGUCCCUUACGAAGAUCAUUCUACAGAACUUGGACAAAUCAAUGUUUGGAUCGUUCAGCGUGGCCAUUCUGUUGUUCCGCUUUUCGUCGGUAUUUUUGCCCUGAUCUACGGUGUACUACCGUUGCAUAUUUUGGGUGUUGCUGCCCCCACAUAGUAAAAUGGCUUAGUAAUGGGAUAAUAAAACCUAAUUUAUGGUUUAGCCUGGAUCCUCAAGGAGAACUGGAAUUUUUAACCUUAAUUAGUCCUUCGCUAGGGAAAUGGUUUCGGAAUCAUUUCACCACUCCCCCUUCUAUUGGAAGGCCUGAUACUCAGGUCAGCCUCUUCUCAAUAAAAGGCACCCAGAUAUCUUCAUAUAAGUUCUUGGUAACGAUUUCCCCUCAUAGAGAGUGCGUAACAGAUUCGAAGCCCUUUAAUCUAACAUGGAGAAUCUUUUCGCAGAAGAGGAAGCGGAUUUCAGUCCGUCUUCAGUUGAGAUUAUCCACCGCCGCUGCAGCUGUUCUGAUCAUCAUCAAAAGUGUGGCUGCUGCCUUCAAAUCAGGGCACCUGCAUUCCAAAAUUAUGAAGAAGCAGAUGGUAAGUAUCAGAAAAAUGAUUAUUUCGUAUACCACGGACUCCUUAAGAACUCUAAGCUCGGACGAACCUGGAAACUAACGAUAGGCGUAAGGUGACGUCAAGCAAGGAGCCAGAUCACAAUGGUCGUACCUUUCAGGGGAGGGGAGGGCUGACGCAUUUAGAAUUGAAAUAUUCUAUCAAAUACCGCACGUAUCAUGUGUAAAUCUAAUUACCAAAGAGUAGGUGUCAGUCUCGAAUAUUCGAGGAAGAGAAAAUGGUAAAGCAAAUGACUAUUUCAUUUUCUCUGGCUAUUACCACAUGUUGAGCUUUCUUUGGUAUUCAAAGUGAGAUAUAGAUUCCAUGUUGACGCGCGUCUGUUCAGUUGUAGAUCACAGAUGACGUUGGAAUAUGGUAAGCAUAAAAAAUUGGCGCAUGAGGUGCAGCCAAGUGUGUUACUGUUAUUCUUACCCCAUUUUUAUGUCAUCUGUGAUCUCUUAUUGAACAGACUCACAGCAUCUAAGAAUCAAUUUGUUUUAUGAUCAAAAACAAAAUGUUGUUAAUGGUGAGGUCAUUUAUGCGUCUUUCCUCUGAUAGAUCAUAAGUAAGAACCAAUCAAAUUUCUUGAAUAAUUCAACUUAUCGUAUGAUUAUUUAUUUGACUUUUUACAGUGUGUAUGAACUCGUCUUUUACCACGUCGCCAUUGGUGAGCUUCGCUUCAGUUUUUUCCUAAUUUUGAUGAUUUUCUGAUGACGUGAUUUUUGUCAAAUUUUUUUGGAUGAUUCUAAGUUCAAAGCUAAAAGAAAGAACUAAGCAUUUGAUGAUGAAGGAUUUCAAACUUACCACAAUGCAUUGCGUUACAGGCGGUGGACUUUCUCAUGACGUGGAACAAACGUGAGGUUUUAAACCGCACUAUAUCAGGUAGGAACAUUUACCUUGGUUUCCUGGUGACUUUGUUUUGAGUCCUCAGGCAGCAUUUCGUGAGGCGAUCCGUAAGCAGGUUUUUUUUUUAGUUUGCUUCUGUUUUUGAUCGCAAAACAUCUUGGUUUAAUUUUUUCAACAACAGAUUCCCGUCCACAGCCUGUAUGUUUUGACAUCCCUCUUCCGAAUUAUGGAAAGGCCUGCGUUAAAUUUACCAAGAAUACAAUCGAGAAAGAUCACAUUAGAUGGUGUGCGGCUCUGGAAUUUGAAUCGAAGCACAACGGAAGAGACAUUCCUCUUGGCUGUUUCUUCUUCAGGGGUGGGGAAGGGCACGGAGUGGAAAUGGGAACCUUUCUGGAUCCUGUGUCGUUUAUUUCCCUACUGGAAGAUGUCUUUCAAGCAUCAAAGGUUGUUAUUACCUCACAUGUGAUUCGUUUGACUUACCAUUAAGCUUCUUAGUAACUCACCUCGUGACUACUUUCUGGUCAAUCAUUCUUUCACUGUACCUUCUUUUGAAAAGUUUUGGUGAGUAAACUCGAGCCCCGGCUCCCUCUUCUUUACCUUCAACGACAAAGGAGGCAAAGAGGAAAGAGACUGGGAAGGAGGAUGGGUGAGAAGUGACUUAAUUUUUUCCAAAACGUCAAUAUGUGGGGGAUAUUUGUAGCUUAAUUCUAAUGAGCUUUAGGGAAAUCGAUACCAAAAGAUUUUUUGUGAUGUUCCACUUCAGUUUCUCAUCUUAAACAAUAUUUUCAAUUCUUUUGCAAACUAUCAGAAAAACCAGAUCGAUAGCACCAGUUCGCUGACUGAUCCAGCAUUGGAAACAUGGAAUGGCGACAAAAACGGAUGUCAGUGCUCAAAGUUUCCGCCUGAAUGUGAAUGCUCCCUCAGAAUCCAAAUAUUUGGAAUAAAAUUGGAAGGUAAUGUCGUUUGAGCUCACGGAACCCAGUAACACCAACAAGGAAACUAAGGGAGUGGGAGAAGAGAGAAAAUGAACAACGAGGGUGGGUUGGACGGGUAGCGUGAUAGAGGAGCCAUAUAUAACAUCCUUACUCUAAGGAGUUUUUCCUUUCGUCCAGGGAACUAGUUUAUACAGAGAUAAAGGUCAGUUAAUACCUGAGCUGAACUGCACCAGUUUGAGAGAAAAAUAUGGAGAGUUUUUCAUCUGAUUGCCGCUGAUUAUUUUAAAGUAUACUCAAAUUAUGAAGUGCGCACACGCCGUAGCUACAUCUCUUUAUUUUGCUUUAUUUUCUUUCAGCCUCUGUUAGUGCGCGCAUGGAUCCAGACGGAGGGGUGAGACAAUCAGUGAUUAAAUUUAAGUCUACUCUGUAUUUCUAUGCGCCUUGUUUUCUCCUCUACUUUUCCUCUUUUUCUUCAACUUCUUUCCUCAUUCCUUCCAUUCUUUUCCACUGUUAUCUCUCUUUAUCGAAAUUCGACCAUUUAACGAGAGACCUCCGUUCAAGGAGCCCCCUUCGGGACUAAGAAAGUUCUCCCCUGGCCAGAGGUGUCCUUUUCGACAACGUACCGGAUAACAAGGUUAUACGGUGGAACCUCCUUUCCGGGAACACCCGUAUGACUACGAAAAGUGUCCCUUGAAUACAAGUGUCUCUUGAAUAAAAGUCAUAGUCUUUUUUGAAUUCCUUUUUUUUUUCUUACGUGUCCAUCAGACCAUGGUUUUAUUCCCCAAACUAGAAGUGUCCCCUAUGUAGAUUCUUCCUGAAAGAACAGAUUCCACUGCAGUUAAUAACUCAGGUUUUCAAUACUUUUUUUGUCAUCUGUCAGGGAUUUGAUCUUAAAAUGGUUGUCAAUGGUAAUAUUAUUUUCGAGAAAAAGAUAUCUGGUGAGUAAAAGUUAGCAAAAUAUCUCGAAAAUACGUUUGUAUUACUGCUUGGCUUAUGCCUUGAAAGACCCUUAAAAAUUUCAUUCCGAGAAAUGUUUAGUUAUUGGUAGACCUGAAUGACUUUGAUUUAAAAACAGUGGUCUUGCGAUGAUCAGCGAGUUACUCUGCUGUGAAAAUUCGCUCUAACUCAGUCAACUUAUCUGGAUCUGUUUCUUGCUUUCUGGUAACGGACAUGUCGCCCCAUAGUAAGUUCGCCUCUUUCAAGUUCGCCCCAGCCAGGAAAUCGAAAACAGAAGUUUGGUGAUCAGCCCUUUUAUUUUCGAAUUUGUGAUGCGGCAAAACAUCAGUGUUUCUUGGCUUGUUUUAGACCGUUUCUAUCACUUUCAGAACUUCAAAUUCUCAAUGAAACUAGGUCAGGCAUGAAAACUUUAAAAACUGACGUCUUCCGAUGUUUCCCAACAAGGAACGUGUUACUAACUUUUGUUGCUGUAUUUAUCACUGAUAGUCCUUGCGUUCUGAUUGGCUCUUGGAAUUGUAAUUUAUUAGAGAAUCACAUCAUUUUGUGCUCUGAGUUAUGAUGGAACACUGAAACAACAACUACAACAACAAAAAAACAACAAUCCGAUUGAUUUCAGCAGUCCGAUUUUGAAUCAAAUCGCACUUUUUUUUGCUCUAUAUAACGGCUCUUUUCAUUCCACUUUUACAGCAAACUAGCCAGUGAAACGAUAAGACAAAAAUUCUAUACUUGAUAGGUGAUCAAAUGAUAAGAUCCUAGAACAGAUAUAAUAGAGUAGCAAAUAGACUCCGUGUCGUGCAAGUUUAGUCUGAAAUAAUUUUUGUGAUUUCAAAUCGAGCUCGUUCCAAUUUUGAAAUCACACAAAUGAUUUUAAACCAAAUUGUACUCCGCUCAGUUCAAUUAUCAUUGUAAUUGGUUUUGACAUUUUAUUUUUAGUUAAAAACCCACCACCAAUUUGCCACGACGUAACUGUUUUCGAUGUUACAUUGAAUGCGUGCAUUAAGCUCACUGAUGUCUCGCUGAAACCCGAUCACAUGGGCGCAUGCUUGGACGUGGACGUAGACUCGUAUACCUUUCACCUGGGAUGUUUUUACAUGGCGACCUACAGAGAUCUGAGAAUCAUUCUGGUAGAAUAG